AUGGAGAAUUGCAAAGCACUGGUGUUCGACUGUUACGGUGAUUGGGAACAAGGAUCAUGCGAUAAUUUACAACCUAUAUUUACCCAAAGAACAUGUCCUGAGCCAGAAAAAGUAUUCGCAACUUUGGGAGCGAUAAAAGCUAGGAUACAAGCUGAAGAUAAGACUAUGCUGUAUCCUGCUGUACUUAAAGAAGCUUAUAGGCUUGUGACUGGUGAAUUGAGGUUAAGGUAUGAUGAAGACGCAGCAGAGACGUAUGCUCUGUCAGUAGGCUCAUGGCCCGCCUUUCCCGAUUCCAAAGAAGCUUUAUCGAAUCUCAAAUCAGCAGGCUUGAAACUCGUGAUACAUAGUAAUGUGGACAACCAAUCUUUUGAAGAAACGAGAAAAAGGCUUGAAGGUGACUGGGGAGAAUUCGACGAGGUCUUUACUGCUGAGGACAUCGGAAGCUAUAAACCCGAUUACAGGAACUUCCAUCACGUCCUCGAAGCUUUAAAUGAUCAAUAUGAGAUACACCCGAGCGAAGUAUUGAUAGUAGCUAAUUCGAAACGAGCCGAUAUAGCUCCAGGAAGAAGACUGGGUCUCAAAACAGUAUGGAUUAAUCGACCUGAAGCUAUACUGGGUGUUAAAGGGUUCGAAGAUGUGAAAGCCGAUUAUGAAUUUGAGAGUAUGAAGGAGUUCGCAGAAGAGUUGAAAGCUGUCAAAGAGAAUAUAUAA